UCUCUGUUUCUGAAGCAUCAUUCAGAAUGACUACUACUCCUACUAAACUUACUAAACUUGAAGUUGGAGAGAUUGGGAGGAUGAUUUAACGCUGAAUUAACUGCUGAUCCUGAAUUCCUCCUUCCCGAAGCAGAGUGUUGAGAAGAUAAAAAGGCUCUGGCUCUUCCAAUUCCCACCACGGAAUUACUGAGAAGAAGCCUACUAGGAGAUUUCAGUUAACAAUGCCAUUAAUUAAGCACUCCACUAAUCGAAUGGUCAGCAAGAGAAAACCCACAAACGAUGGGUUCGAGGAGCAAGAUCAGCCUGAAGCUGCUGGUGGACAGCAAGUCGAAGAAGGUGCUGUUCGCGGAGGCCGGCAAGGAGUUCGUCGACUUCGUCUUCAGCCUCCUGACGCUGCCGGUCGGCGCCGUCGUGAAGCUCAUCUCGGCGGGGACGAUGCAGGGCAGCAUCGGGCGGCUGUACCAGAGCGUCGAGCACAUCAACGCCUCCUACCUCCUCCCCAACAAGGACCGCGCCGACCUGCUCCAGCCCAAGGUGCUCCACCCGGACGCCCGCGAGCUCCUGCUGCUGCAGCCGGAGAGCGGCGGCGCCGGGGGAUCGCCGCUGGCCAGGUUUAAGCUGUACACCUGCGCGGGGCACUGCACCACGGCCGCCAUGGAGGCCAAGGCGGCGUGCCCGCAGUGCAAGCAGGCGAUGGACACCGAGGUGGCGCUCGUGCUGCCGUCCGCGUCGUCGCCGGCGCAGUCGUCGGCGGCGGCGUCGGGAGGCGACGGGGAGAGCAGCGGGUACGUGAAGGGGCUCGUGACGUACAUGGUGACGGACGGGCUGGAGGUGACGCCCAUGUCGGCCAUCUCCAGCAUCACUCUCAUCAACAAGUUCAGCGUCGGCAAAGACGUCGAGCUUGCCGAGAAGUACGUCAGCAUCGCCAUGGACGAGGGGCUGGGCAUUCUGAAGGCGGCGCUGCGCUCUGACACGGUGCUCUCCGACGUCUUCCUCGCCAAGAAGAAGUGAAACAACCAGUGCUUUUUAUCGAUGCCGCAUGGACGUUCUUCGAUUUGCUUGCUGCCCAUUUCGCCUUAUUUUGCUCCAUGUCUGCUUCAGAAUUCAGUGUGUCUGCCUCGCAUCAAUGUUUAGUUGCUCUGUAUUAGUACUGGACAUGAUCUAUCUAUCUACUAAUAUUAUAUUGGCUUUAUUACCUAAUCGCCCAAGUACUCCAUUUUGCUGGCUGUGUUCAA